CUUCUCCUCAACAGCCUAGCAGCCUGUCCGAUUCCCGGCCCAAAUUAUUAUUAUGCGGCCUGCUUAACAUUGGGAUCGGCUUCUCUUUCUUCCUGGAUCACACCACGGCUUACUUCUUCGUUUCUCUCUCCCUCGUAUUUGCUUUUCUGACCUCGUUCCUUCUUCCUUUCUCUACUCUACUUUUGGUUCUGGGAGGACGCCACUCUAUCCGUCUCGGUCCCUACUUGCCUCGGUUCUGCUGAUCGCAACUGGGAUAGGUCACGCCUAGGGGUGUUUCCCUCCUUCUGUUUCUCCUCUCUUCUCCUCUCCCCUCUUCUCCCCUCCCCCUCCAUUCCAUCCUCAUUCCCGGGAACUCGCUCUCUAACGGGCCCCGUUAAACCGACUUCGGGGCCAUUUCCACGGUCGCAUCGCUGAACUACUUCACCAUGGCGCAACUCGACACUCUCGACCUGGUCGUCCUGGCGGUGCUCUUGGUGGGUAGCGUUGCCUACUUCACCAAGGGUACCUACUGGGCGGUCGCCAAGGACCCUUAUGCCUCCUCUGGCCCAGCCAUGAAUGGCGGGGCUAAGGCCGGCAAGUCCAGGGACAUCAUUGAGAAAAUGGACGAAACCGGCAAGAACUGUGUGAUCUUCUACGGAUCGCAAACCGGAACUGCGGAAGAUUAUGCCUCGAGACUUGCUAAGGAAGGGUCCCAGAGAUUCGGCCUGAAGACUAUGGUGGCCGAUCUGGAGGACUACGACUAUGAGAACUUGGACAAAUUCCCCGAGGACAAGAUUGCGUUUUUCGUUCUGGCCACCUACGGAGAGGGUGAGCCCACCGACAAUGCCGUCGAUUUCUACCAGUUUUUCACCGGUGAGGAUGUCGCCUUUGAUAGCGGCGCCGCUGCCGACGACAAGCCUCUGUCUUCCCUCAAGUAUGUCACUUUCGGUCUCGGCAACAACACCUAUGAACACUACAACGCCAUGGUUCGUCAACUUGACACCGCUUUCCAGAAGCUCGGUGCACAGCGGAUCGGAUCUGCCGGUGAAGGCGAUGACGGUGCUGGUACAAUGGAAGAGGAUUUCCUGGCCUGGAAGGAGCCCAUGUGGACGGCGUUGUCCGAAGCCAUGGAUCUGCAGGAACGCGAAGCUGUAUACGAGCCCGUUUUCUCCGUCACGGAAGAUGAGUCCCUGAGCCCCGAGGACGACAAGGUCUACCUGGGAGAGCCUACCCAGAGCCAUCUCCAAGGCUCCGGUAAGGGGCCUUACUCUGCGCACAACCCCUUUAUCGCCCCCAUCGUCGAGUCUCGUGAACUAUUCACUGUCAAGGACCGCAACUGUCUGCACAUGGAAAUCAGCAUCGCCGGAAGCAACCUGUCCUACCAGACCGGUGACCACAUCGCUAUUUGGCCGACCAACGCCGGUGCGGAGGUGGACCGGUUCCUCCAGGUUUUUGGUAUUGAGAGUAAGCGUCACUCGGUCAUCAGCAUCAAGGGAAUCGAUGUGACGGCCAAGGUCCCCAUUCCCGCGCCCACCACCUACGAUGCCGCUGUUCGCUACUACCUGGAAGUCUGUGCCCCUGUGUCCCGUCAAUUCGUUGCUACUCUGGCCGCUUUUGCUCCGGAUGAGGAGAGCAAGGCAGAAAUUGUGCGUCUGGGCAGCGACAAGGAUUAUUUCCACGAGAAGGUUACCAACCAGUGUUUCAACAUCGCGCAAGCUCUUCAGAGCAUCACCUCCAAGCCCUUCUCGGCCGUUCCGUUCUCUCUCCUCAUUGAAGGCCUCACCAAGCUGCAGCCCCGUUACUAUUCGAUCUCGUCCUCUUCCCUUGUCCAGAAGGACAAGAUCAGCAUUACCGCUGUUGUGGAAUCCGUUCGCCUGCCUGGUGCCUCUCACGUCGUGAAGGGUGUUACCACGAACUACCUUCUCGCGCUGAAGCAAAAGCAAAAUGGCGAUUCUUCUCCUGACCCUCACGGACUGACUUACGCGAUCACUGGCCCCCGCAACAAAUACGAUGGAAUCCACGUCCCUGUGCACGUUCGUCACUCGAACUUCAAGCUCCCCUCGGAUCCCUCAAGGCCCGUCAUCAUGGUCGGACCUGGUACCGGUGUUGCUCCUUUCCGUGGCUUUAUCCAGGAGCGUGCGGCCUUGGCCGCCAAGGGCGAGAAGGUCGGAACCACCGUUCUCUUCUUCGGCUGCCGCAAGAGCGACGAGGAUUUCAUGUACCAGGACGAAUGGAAGACCUACCAGGAACAGCUUGGCGACUCCCUCAAGAUCAUCACCGCCUUUUCGCGUGAGACCUCCCAGAAGGUGUACGUUCAGCACCGACUGCGCGAACAUGCCGAACUGGUCAGCGAUCUCCUCAAGCAGAAGGCCACCUUCUACGUGUGCGGUGACGCCGCGAACAUGGCUCGUGAGGUCAACCUCGUGCUCGGACAGAUCAUUGCUGCGCAGCGCGGUCUUCCCGCCGAAAAGGGCGAAGAGAUGGUCAAGCACAUGCGUAGCAGUGGCAGCUACCAGGAAGACGUGUGGUCAUGAUCUUCCACCCACUCCAUGGAAUUCACUUUCUUCUUCUUUCCCCCGUCUUCUCUUGCCACGACAUUUUUUCCUUCCAUCCCUUGUCACGCCUAGAUGAUCUCUGCAUAUAUACUCCGCUGGUCUUUUUGCCCAUUCAUCUGUUUUUGGCGUGGUUCUUGUAUGUCUAGUAGUGCUAUUUUUCAUGUCCCGUGUGGUCGGCCCCGCUAAGUCGUGGUGCGCUGAUCGAGUUUCGGUGGCUAUUGUGGAAAGAAAACUAGGAUAGACGAUGAUGAUAGUUGGGGAGGAUAUUAUAGGGGAAACUACUUAUGACCGAGCCUCUGUGGUUGCAGGAACCCGGAGAACAAACUAAUAUAGAUUCAUUUUCUGUUUCUA